AUGUUGUUACUGACAGAUGAAGGGCCGACUAAUUCAGAUGGCCGCUAUUCUCAAGAAAUUUCUUUGAUGUCCGGGGACCAAGUUGCUAAUGAUAAAUCUUGGUCAUUCGAUACUCAUGACUUGAUGUUUGGGCGAACCGUCAGACGAUCAGCAGUCUACAAUGAUACACAUCGACUUGGUGUUGUUUGUUCGGCGAAUCCUUACACACUCAGUCCAGAAGAGUAUGUUGACCAACAAAGCGAAGAUGUCAAAUCUACAAGCAGUGAGGAGGUCGACGAGAAAAUUGAUUGCAGAGACCGGUAUAAUGCAAAACCUCAAGACCAUGGUGAUAACAGCUUUACAGACAACAAAAUUAUGGGUCAUCGAGGUCAAGACCGUUUAACUAUACUCAAGAUCGAUGUAGUUGAAACAAGUGAAAUGAAGCUAUCAUCAAUUGAAGAUGGUUUGAAAGAUAUGGAUACAAGUCUUAAUGAUCAUGGUCACAUUCGGCAUUCUAGCCCUUCCCAUCAGGUUUUGGGUUCCUCACCAUUGGAGCAUGAAGAACAAUGUUGCUUGAAUUCAUCUGGGAUUGAUGUCAUUGCUGCGAGUAAGAUGAAGUUGUCAUCAAUUGAAGGUAACUCAAGGAACGUGUUUCAAAAUCAAAAGAACGAGUCUUCUGAUAAUAGCCGGCAGUCUGGUUUUGUAGCCGACAUAGCUUCAGAUUUUUCAAAUCUCUCUCAACAAGAACAAGGUCGAUUGAUAAUGCUUGAUAGUGAGGAGACUAAAGACACUUCGUCAAUAACUGAUGAAAUGUCAGAGGGGUCAAUCUGCAAUGAUCGGCAGCAUGGGGCAGCCACCGCGACAGCUUCUGUUCCUUCACAGUUUAGUAAACAAGAUAAAAGCAGAUUGACGGCAUUCGGUGUUGAUCAAGCUAAAAUAAGCACGACUACAUCAUUGGCAGUUGGUGAAGUACCCACAGAAUUGAUUUGCAUUGAUAGUGAUCAAACUCCGCAUCUUGAUUCGUCGGCCGAUUCUAUUUCUCUUGAGCAACUAGAUCAAGAACGUUUGAAGACACAAGAUGAGGAACGAGCUAAUGUGUAUAAGAUCAAGUUGUUAGAAGUAGAAAGUGUUCCAAAAAAGGGGGGGAUUGGUGGUAAUAAAAGUCAAGUUCGGCAUACUGAUUCUAGUGGCGAUCGAGCUGAGCAAACGGUUGCUUCUUCACUAGUCAAAAGACGCUCUAAUAAUGCGUGGAUUUAUGACAAGAGAGAGUCCAUGAGGUCCAGCAGCAAAAGGCAUAAAGAUAAGUCCAUGAAAAAUUCUUUUUGUCACGCCGAUAGAGCCACGUCUACAAACUCUUUAUCUGGGGCCGAUUCUCUUUGUGUUGAUGCUGAAUCCGAUGGGAAUCAAGAGGAGAAAUGCAUUGCUUGGCUGGAUUAUGGUGCUGCUGUAAAAUGGAAAUUUGAGUUGAUCGCUGAUCCGAAGAUCCUGAAAUCAUUAGGUGGUCAAGGGAAAAGGCGUUGCACUCGAGCUUAUGCCAAACUUUUUGGAUCUACACCAAAGAGGAUUAGAGCAUUUCAUGUUGAAAAGAUAGUGGUCAAAAAGGAUGUUGGUAUGAAGCCAAAGGUUGAUGCAAAUAGCGAGGGCAACAAAGAUGAUCAUUCAAAGAAGGAUGACAAGUUGGAAAAGGGUCAAGCGGAGUUGAAAUUUGUUAAGCUAGUUGAAGAGAAACAGAUUCAAUCACAGUUAAAAGAUGAUCAGCUGGUUCAUGCGGCAUUAAAUGAAACCAAUGUGGAAUCUACAGUCAACAAAGAAGAGAGCUGCAAGCUGAUUGGUUAUGAUACAGUUUGUAGUUCUGCCAUCUCCAACCCGGUUUUCAUACAGUUUGGCAGUCAGCCCGAGGUAAGAUGCGACCAACCGAUUACUUUUCUAUUGAUUGUGCAAGGUCGAGAUUUGUUAGCAGUAAAUAACAAGGAAGGCGCCAAGGAGGAUGGUUCUGAUACAGUCAGUAAUGCUACCAUGAAAAAUCCAGUUCUUAAGAAGUUUAACAACCAGUUACUGCUACUGCAUUGA